GUUAGAAUAUCCGCUACAAACGACACCCAUUUUCAGCGCUAGCUUUUAAAAAUUCAACAAAACAAUUCCCGCUAAGAAAGUAUUGCUCCCACUUACAGUAACUCAUUAACUUUGCCCAAACACCAUACUUUUCAAUCGCUAUUAGAGGAGGCUAGGAAGUACAGAUUUUGGGAUCUAUUCAGAGAUCGGAGUAAAUUAUAAUAUUUGGUGCUGUUCAGUUUUAGAAGAUUGAGGAAGAUGUAUGCAAAAAAGGGAUAUGAGCUAGUUAAAGAAUUUUCCAGUGGAGAAAAAGGCCAACUUCAGCCAUUUAAUGAGGAUUUGCUUAAUCAAGUGAUUGGUCAAUGUGGUCAGCAUUAUCUUGAGCUUCAGGCUUUAAUUCGAAAAAUGCAGGAAGAAAACGUGGAUGUGACUGAAACUAGAAAUGCAGACCAUUAUGGAGCUCUUACUCACCAUCUUUCUUUAGUUCGCAACAAGCGCUGCUUAAUAGCAUACGUGCACAACCGAGCAGAAGUUAUACGCAGUUUAGCCUGGAAGGUAGGGCUUGAGCUGCUUGAACUUCCAGAAGAAAUUCAAGAGAAGCUCAUUCACUCAGAGAAAAACUAUUACGGGAAGCAUUCUACUUCUUUACAAUCAUAUAUGGCGGAGAUAGGCAUUGAUUUAAAUGUGGAUAUGGUGCCACCCAAAGAUCCCUACAUCAAGGUGAGAGUGCUUGAUGAUAUGGGUGAAGGGAUAUUAUUAAGUGACAAGACGGCCAAUCUUUCCCGCCAUUCAAUGCACUUUCUGAAACGUACCGAUGCCGAGCAGUACAUUGCACGGGGACUGAUGGAGGAGCUUACAAGCUAACUAAUUUUGUUGAAUCUGUAAAAAAAGAAGAAAGAAACCAGAGAUAUUCUUACGCUAGAUGGAGAUUGGCCGUUGAGCAUAAAGGCAGAAGCGAGCUUGAAUGGUGGAUCUCUUAGGUUACUUAACAUGAUAAUUUAAGUUUCCAUAUAUAUUGCACAAAACUUGUCGAGUGUUACAUUUUGGUAUCUCAUUUCCCUUCAUGUAAAUGCUUCUUAAACUCUGAAACUCUUGUUUUUAUUAAAACAUUGUUUUGUUA